AUGAUAAUAAACUUCAAAGUAAACAUAACCUCAAUGUUCAAACUCAAUGCAAAAAGAUGUUUCGUUCGAAGCUAUUAUCUAAUUUGCUGCUACAGAGGACGUAUUUUACCGUAGUCACCACAGGUCAACAGGCUGUAAAGGCAAGAUGUAUAAGAUGUUUUGCAUCAGACACAUCGGCAACGCCAGAGAAAAAGCUCAUAGCAAAUUUGCUCGAAAAUAAUGAACAAAUUGCAUACUAUGGUGAAAAUAUUGUUCAACAAGCCUACAAUGUGCUGUUAAAAGCUGGUUUUUCACCCGAAAACAGUGUGAAAGUAAUUGAUAAGCAUCCCAAUUUGUUGCGUUGUAAUCCAAAGCAAAUUGAAGAGCGUUUGGAAAUGUGGCACAUGGCUCAAUUCAGUCAGUCGCAAUAUUAUGAGUUAUUCGUGCAAUGUCCAGAACUUCUUGAUUUCGAUGACGAACAUUAUCUAGCCAAACGGUAUGCUCAAUUGCAAACGAUUGUGCAUACACCGAAAAACAUCUGGAGACUUCUUAUGUCGUGCCCAAAUCUUCUUGUCGAUGACAUGAGAACGAUUCAGCAGAAAGUUGAUUACAUUUUGAAGAGCAUGGAAGCAGAUGUCACCGAUAUAGUGAAAUCCGGUUCUUUGGGCUUGAGUUUAAAGACAAUUAAGUCGCGUCAUACGCUGCUUGUGCGAUUGGGCAUCUAUAAAAAGCGUAAUUGGCGAGCGUCUGAAUUGGAUCCAAAUAAGAAUUUACGUCUAUUUCGAAUCAUGGACUUGAAUGAUGAAGAAUUUGCGAUAAAAACGUGUCGCAUUUCGAUGAAAGAGUUUGAGGCAUUCAAUGAGCUGUACGAAAGAGAAUUGGAAGAACAAAUCAAAGAACAGGAAGACUACGAAGAGGAAGAUACAGACAGCGGAGAAGAAUCGGAUAGUGAUGACAAUAACUUUGAUCCCAGAGAAAGAAAGGACUAUUACGAUGAUAGAAAUCGACGUCGCUACAAGAAGAAGUGAAAACAUUCGAGGAGGAGACACAUUUCGAUUGUUUCAAUACAUUAACAUCAUACCACUGUUCUUUAAAAAACAUCAACGACAUGGAAACAUGCGAAAGAUUCACUGGUUCGACACGCAGUUCUCAUCGGAAUCAAUAUUGUCUUAGAAUAGUUUAAGCCUGCGGGAAAAAUUGAAUAAAUAAAAACAUGAUAAUGAUAUAAACAAAA